CUUUAAUGUUUAUAAAUUAACUUAUUCCGAGCAAAUAAGCUGGUAUGUUUUCCUAGAAACUCACAGUUUAGUCCUCUAGCGAUAUCGUUUGGCCUCGAAUGAGUUCUAUAAUGCUCAUUAUCUCAGCAGGAUAUGAUUGCACCCUUGUCAUUUCUCAAUGGCUUUGCGUGUGAACACUGUAGCCAAACAGCAGGUACUGCCUUCUUCUUCCUCUAAACGAUCGUGAAAUCAGUGCGCAGGGAAGUUGAUUGUGUCUCCGAGGUGCCAAGUUUCAUUAAAAUUUAUACACGUAACGUAAAAAAAACUGUGACAGCAUUGGAUCGAUCAUGCCUAAUUUUCCCAUAGAAAUUUUCGUAAGUGAUAUGUUGACACGUUGUUUACGCAGUGAUGAUACAAUAACGCUCAUCUACCGCCCCCCUUUCACGCCCAUCUUAAUUCGUUCUUAAAUGGGAUAAUUGAGCCAAGUUUUUAAUGCUGUCACGUCAAAAGUUGGCAUUCCAAGCUCCGAUUUCUCUUCAAAAUUCAGGCGUGAUAACGGCAUGCAGUGGAAGUCGUGUAAAACGUCGCGGCGUUUUGUGACGACUCAAUUGUUCCAUUUCUCCCGUGUUGUUUAUUUAAGGAGACCAGACAUGCCCACCUACCGCAACUCUAAUUGUAAGCGAUUACCUUAAUUAAUUUUGUUAUCUGCAUAUCAAAAAUGGUACGUACAAACUCUCACCACGUUAUAAUGGGACAAAAACGACACAAAAAAGAAAGGCGGCAUCCUUGCGGUCGAUCACAAAGGGUAUAAUUGAAAGAGGACCAAGGAGUGUGGGUUUUUGGAAUGCUGGACAUUUUUCUCUCCUCUUCGCUGUGUUUUUCUCGAUCGGCUGGUAACUCGCGCUCCAAUUUGAGACAAAAUGAAUGUGAUGUCUACAGCGACAUUUAAACUUCACCUGCUGUUGUUUUCACUGAUUUGUCGGAUUGCCUUCAUUUUGGGAAGAAGCCAUGAGGAAUACUACUUCAGAGACCACGUCAGGGCAGAGAGAAGAAGAAGCGAUACGAGGAGCCUACCUUUCCACCGCGAGACGCAGCUGUAUUCGAGGUCCAGUCGGAGUCACCUUCGCAUACAUGGAAAGCGCAUCGACGCUCUAGGAAAAGAUGGUGACAAAUACGCUAAGUUGGUCAUCGAAUCCGACAACUUUGGGCGAGUACGGAUCCGCGGAGCGUUAACUAAUUAUUACCUGUGCAUUAAAAGGAACGCAACGUUGAUCGGACGAAAGGCCACUAAGUCCAAAAGAUGCGUCUUUUACGAGAAGUACGCGGAAAACCACUACACCGAAUUCCUUUCGGCUUACAACGAGAGCUGGACGAUAGCAGUGUCAAAAAAGGGCACGAUGAGGCCUGGACACAAGGGACAGAGGGGAAAAAAAACCGUUCAAUUUAUUGAACGAGCUUCAAAGAUCAUUAUUCAAACAAAAAAUGUCCAAGAGUCACUUUAUCACGGACUUCGUGAUCACAUUGAGCAGCUGCUGCGCGCGUACAGAGCUAAGGAAGGCGAUAAUAACAAAGAAAAGACAAGGAAAAUGCCACACCCUGGCUACCCAGAGACAAAGAAACAAAAAGCCAAGAUUAAAAGGAGAGAGAAGAAAAUGAAGUUGCGAUCUAAGAACAGGUUGCUAAAAAUGCUUCGGAAAGAGCAGCGCAGGGAACAGAGGAAAGAUAAACCCUAAGUACUGCUAUUUCUUAACCUUGUCCACUUGUUUUAGCCUGUACUUUAUUCUUCAUAAAUAACUGCCACCCAUGAUUCUAGAAAAAGCGUCGAAGAGACCAGCUUUCCUACAUGUAAUCUUUCAAGCCAACGAUUCUGUUCUCUCAAUUUACGAGCCUGGAAAAGGUCACACCAAAAGAGUCUUUAGUCGAAGAAACUAAUCUCUUGGCAUGAGCAUGAUCAUGCAUGCUUUAGGCGAUGUUCUUCAGUUACUUAGAGUCUUCAUAAUCGAUCUUUAAAUUCGUUACAUAAAUUUAAGAGUGGCUAAACAAAGUUGGAAUAGGUGAAGUACAGGAAAACUCCUCGUUAUAGCUGGAUUAAAUUUAUUAUCAGUUUAGAAUAACGAGCAGAAAUUGCAUGGAGACAAAUGCAGGUCGGACGGCAGCACGACCGCUGAAAAUUGAUUUGACAAAACGUGGAAGAGCUAUGGGAAUUUGCAUAAGUUUGUUAUGACUGCGGUAGGACUGAAAGCAAA